CGCGCGAAGCUGCACCCAUCCCGUUUGCAUUUCUCCAACCGAACCUCGGCAUGGCCUCGAAGCUCCCCGACGCGACCAAGGGCCUCGGCGCCGGCGGCAUGGACGUCGAGGACGGGAGCGGAGGCGGCGGUGGUGGUAAGAAGGUGGCCGGCAGGUGGCCCGGGUUUGUUCAUUUCUUCUUCGUCCUCACCGUCGUCACGUGCGCGCUCGUCUACGCCCCGAGGUUCCUGUCGCCCACCGUGCCCGUCGACUUCUUGGGGCCGCGCCAGCCGUCGUCCGGUAGACUCCCCGUGCGCGUCGACGGUGGCCGCGGCAAUGAAGGCGACGCGCUGGUCCUCGAUAACCAGGUGAACUCCCCGUGCGCGUCGAUGGGCGCCCACGGCAUCUGCUGCGACCGCUCCGACUUCAACACCGACGUGUGCUUCAUGGCCGGCGACGUGCGCACGGACGCCGCGUCGCUCUCCUUCCUGCUCUUCCCGCCGCAAGCGCCCAACGGCACCGCCAACGACGCCAGCGCCACCGUGGCGGAGAAGGAGGAGCGGGUUCGGCCCUACACGCGCAAGUGGGAGAAGCACCUGAUGGCCAACAUCCAGGAGGUGCGGCUCCGCGCGGCCCGGCCGGACGAGGCCGACGCGCACCGGUGCGACGUGCGGCACGACGCGCCGGCGCUGGUGAUGACGGCGGGCGGGUACACGGGGAACCUGUUCCACGCGUUCAACGACGGCUUCCUGCCGGCGUGGCUCACGGUGCAGCACCUCCGCCGCCGCGUGGUCCUCGCGGUGCUCGCGUACAACCCGUGGUGGGCCGGCACGUUCCGGGAGCUCGUGUCGGGGCUCUCGGACCACCACGUGAUCGACCUACUACACGACAAGCGCACGCACUGCUUCCCUGGCGCGAUCGUCGGGACGCGCUUCCACGGCAUCCUCGCCGUCGAGCCGGCCCGCACCAAGGACAACCGCACCCUCGUCGACUUCCACGACUUCCUCGCCGGCGCCUACAAGGACGACAGCACGCCGCCGGAGGCCACGCAGCAGCAGCAGCAGCCGCGACGGCCGAGGCUUGGGCUGUACUCGCGCAAGGGCACGCGGGUGAUCGAGAACGAGGCGGCGGUGGCGCGCCUUGCAGAAUCCGUGGGCUUCGACGUGUCCAUUCUGGAGACGGCGAACGGGGCGCCGCUGUCGUCGGAGUACGCGGCGGUGAGGGCGUGCGACGUGCUGGUGGGCGUGCACGGUGCCGACCUGACCAAGCUCCUGUUCCUCCGCCCGCGCCGCGCGGCGCUCCUGCAGAUUGCGCCGCUGGGCGUGCCGCACGUGGCGCGCGGCUGCUACGAGAAGGCGACGGCCAUGAUGGAGAUGCAGUACGAGCAGUACGACGCGGCGGCGAACGAGAGCUCGCUGGUGCGCAAGUACCCGGCGGACGACGUGGUGCUGCGCGACCCGGAGGCGGCGACGCGCGAGCGCGGGUGGGACCUCACCGCGCGCGUGUACCUCGGCGGGCAGAACGUGAGCCUCGACCUGGGAAGGUUCGGCGACACGCUCAGGAGGCUGCACUCCCGCGCCCUCCGGCUGCCGGUGGCCGGCCCGUAGCUGGUUGGUUGGGUACGUGCGUGCGUGCGUCGCCGAUCGGAGGCUGACGAGCUGCUGCAUGCUAAUCGAGGGUAGCUCCGGCGGCCGCGGCCGGCGCACGUCGCGUACGUGAGAGGGCGCUGGAUCGAUCGCAACCGUUUUGCUGGACUCUUGUUCGACAGCACAGACUACACAAUGUGUUUUGUAUAUCUGUUUUGUUCUGUUUGUGGACAAGUUAAAAUCCAUUUAACCGUCGAAUACUCCGAUGAAAAUACUUCGUUUUUCGUUUGUGGUCCCUCCCUUUCUAAAUACUCCGUUUGUUUUUCUAGAGAUUUCAACAAGUGACUACAUACAGAGCAAAAUGAGUGAAUCUGUACUUUAAAAUAUAUCUAUAUACAGCUGUAUAUGAUU